AGGAGUCCACGUUAAAUGACAAGUGGUACGAGAACCGGCUUUUGUCACUCCGUGGUGCGAGCGGUGCGAGCGAUGCGAGCCACACAUCACAAAACCACAAAACGUCCGACUGUCUACCACUUUCCAUCCACUCCCAGUCCAAUCACCUCUCCUGAAUUAACAAUUCGCAAAGAGUUAACAAUGAGACCCUUAAUAACUAUUAUCAGUGCAUUUGCACUAGUAGUUAUUGCGAGUGCUGACAAAGCAGCGAACGGUCCGAAAGUUACACAGAAGGUGUGGUUUAAUAUAAAAAUCGGUGGUGUCGAUGCUGGAAGAGUUGAAAUUGGACUUUUUGGUAAGACUGUUCCAAAAACUGCCCAGAAUUUUGCUGAGCUUGCAACAAAGCCAAGUGGUGAGGGUUAUAAAGGCAGCAAAUUUCAUCGUGUCAUCAAGGACUUUAUGAUCCAGGGAGGUGACUUCACCAAAGGAGACGGCACUGGAGGUCGUAGCAUUUAUGGAGAGCGUUUUGCUGAUGAAAACUUCAAGCUUAAACACUACGGAGCUGGUUGGUUGUCCAUGGCAAAUGCUGGAAAAGACACAAAUGGAUCUCAAUUCUUUAUCACCACUAAAGCAACUCCCUGGCUUGAUGGAAGGCACGUCGUGUUCGGAAAGAUUCUCAAAGGAAUGGAUAUCAUAAGAAAAAUUGAAAAUUCCAAAACUGAUGGCCGUGACAAACCUGCGAAGGAUGUCGUCAUCGAUGAUUCAGGUGUUGAAGAUGUGCCAGAGCCGUUCGCUGUGUCCAAGGAAGAUGCCACCGAUUAAAAAUACACAACAAUUUCAGAAUUUUCCUUCAUUUACGAUUUUUAACAUCUCUAUUUUUAUAUGCGAAAAAAACAGUAGCUUAGAAAGUUGCAGUUUAUUGAAUUUUUUUGUACAAAGCCAUUCGAUUUAAAUGAAUAAAACAAGCUCAAUGCAAACAAA